CGCCCUCCGCCCUCCGCUCUCCUCCGCUUGCUGUUAGGGAGGCUCUGCGCCUCAGUCGCUGCCUCCGUGGCCGCUCCCGCCCCGUCUUCCGCGUCUCCGCCGCCGCCACGGCCGGGGGCAUCUGGGGGUCGCCUACCGGGCUGGCCCCGAGCCACAGUCGUCGCCUCAGCCUCCCGCCAGUGGCCGCCACAGGAAGAGGCUCGCCCGUCGCGGAGUCACUUGGGGCCUCAGUUCUCGCUCUCUUUCAGUCGCCGCGGGUCCUGGAGAAGCGGCCGCGGCCGGGGAACGGGGCGUCGCGGUUCCAAGGAUUAACUGCUGAAGUACUGAUCGAGUUCUGCGUUUCUUCAAUGAGGAACUAUAGGCUGAUCUUCUGCCAUAAUCUCAAACAGCCAUAAAUGACAAAAGAAUGCUUGCUCAGUGAGGGUAGCUGGUGCAGAAACCAUUUUUUAAACUUAGGUGUUUAAGUACUCAAAGAAAAGACAGCUUUGAUUUCUGGCUGCAAAAAAGAUAUGAGGAAGAGCUCCUCCCCUUCCUUGAGUAACUGCAACUCCGUUCUUGCUAACAAAAUAUUUGGAAUUCCACUUGAUGAGCUGCAGCAGGGAGGACAUCCAGACAAUGAGGUUCCGUUCAUAGUCCGCCAUGUAGUGGACUAUAUUGAGGAACAUGGAGGUCUGGAGCAACAAGGACUUUUUCAAGUCAAUGGGAAUGCUGAGACAGUGGAGUGGCUUCGGCAGAGAUACGACAGUGGAGAAGAGGUGGAUUUGGUUAAGGAAGCAGAUGUUCCCUCAGCUAUUAGUCUUCUUAGGUUUUUCCUUCAAGAACUUCCUGAACCUGUUAUCCCUGGCAGUCUGCAUAUUCACUUGAUGCAACUUUCUCAAGAUUAUAAUAAUGAAGAUGAAUUUGGAAGAAAGUUGAGGUUCCUCUUGCAACAGCUUCCACCUGUUAAUUACAGUUUGUUAAAGUUCCUGUGUAGAUUUUUAGCCAAUGUAGCAUCACAUCAUGAAGAAAUUUGGUCAGCAAACUCUUUGGCUGCUGUCUUUGGUCCAGAUGUCUUCCAUAUUUACACAGAUGUGGAAGAUCUGAAAGAACAAGAAAUAGUAAGCAGGAUAAUGGCUGGACUUCUGGAAAAUUACUAUGAGUUUUUUGAGAAUGAAGAGGAAGAUUUUUCAUCUAAUGAUUUGAGUUCAAUUACUGAACAGAUACAUGCCCAAGAGUGGGACUGCUGGAUCAUAUGUGACUCUAUUUUUAGUUUUGCAGGUAGCAGCGUUCUCCACAAGCUGGAGUCUGGAGAGCAGGCAUUUCACGAGGUCCUAGAGAAGGGAAUUACAGCAGUCAAAGAAGGAAGAGAUGUUAAUGAACUUUCUGAGGAAGAAGAGGAAGAUGAAAAGCUGGAACAUAUAGAAGAACUAUCAGAAGAGGGUGCAGGAAAAUCAGAUGACAUGCCAGAGGUGGUACAAUUAAGGAUGACUGAAAACAUCCUGGAACCAAAUAGUGUUACAGCAUCAACAAGUGCCCAUACAUCACCCAUCAGCAUCUUACCAGCCUCUGCAGACAUUUUAGAAAGAACAAUUAGAACAGCUGUGGAACAGCAUCUUUUUGAUCUGCAGAGCAGCAUAGAUCAUGAUCUUAAGAACUUACAGCAGCAAAGUCUGGUGUGUAAUAAUGAAGCAGGAAGUGUUAAUUGUGAUGGGGAAGGAUCUAAUAACCAGGUUGAUAUUGCUGAUGGUAUUAUUAAUGCCAGUGAACAUAACAGAGACUGUUCAGAACCUGUGGCUAGCACUAAUUUAGACAAUGAAGUUAUGCAGCAAGAUUUUGUAUUUGAGGAUGAAGAAAAUAACCAGUGUGUAGGUAUAUUGUUAGAGCCAUGCAGUGACCAUGGUGAUGGUGAAGAUGACUGUCUUGAGAGGAAAGAAUAUUUGUCAUUUGACAGUGAUAAAUUGUCACACUUGAUUCUGGAUUCUAGUAGCAAGAUAUGUGAUUUGAAUGCCAACACUGAAUCAGAAGUGCCAGGAAGUCAAAGUGUUGGUGUUCAAGGGGAAGCAGCAUGUGUCCAAAUUCCACAUUUAGAUCUGAAGAAUGUUUCUGAUGGUGAUAAAUGGGAAGAGCCGUUUCCUGCUUUUAAGUCUUGGCAGGAAGACUCUGAGUCUGGAGAAGCUCAGCUGUCUCCACAAGCUGGAAGAAUGAAUCAUCACCCCCUGGAAGAAGACUGUCCUCCAGUAUUAUCACAUCGGAGUUUAGAUUUUGGGCAAAGCCAGCGUUUCCUACAUGAUCCGGAAAUGUUGGAUUCCUCAUCUAAAGCACUUUCUUUUGCUAGGAUUCGAAGAUCAUCCUUUAGUUCAAAAGAUGAAAAAAGAGAAGACAGAACACCAUAUCAAUUAGUCAAGAAACUUCAGAAAAAAAUCAGACAAUUUGAGGAACAAUUUGAAAGGGAAAGAAAUGGCAAACCCUCCUACAGUGAUAUAGCAGCCAAUCCAAAGGUAUUAAAAUGGAUGACAGAGCUCACCAAACUGCGAAAGCAAAUUAAAGAUGCAAAACACAAAACCUCUGAUGGAGAAUUUGUACCUCAGACACGUCCACGUAGUAACACUCUUCCAAAAAGCUUUGGCUCUUCUCUAGACCAUGAAGAUGAAGAAUAUGAAGAUGACUCCAAGGUCAUUCACAAGGAGAAGAAGCCAUCUAAGGAAGCAACACUUGAACUUAUUCUGAAAAGACUGAAAGAAAAACGUGUCGAGAGGUGUCUUCCAGAAGAUAUCAAAAAAAUGACAAAAGAUCAUUUGGUAGAAGAGAAAACAACUCUCCAGAAAAGUCUUCUUUAUUAUGAAAGUCAACAUGGAAGGCCGGUGACCAGGGAAGAAAGGCAUAUUGUUAAACCUCUCUAUGAUAGAUACAGACUUGUAAAACAGAUGCUGACAAGAGCUAGCAUCACUCCUGUCCUUGGAUCUCCAUCCACCAAACGAAGAGGUCAGAUGUUACAGCCAAUCAUAGAGGGAGAAACUGCACAUUUUUUUGAAGAAAUCAAGGAAGAAGAAGAAGAUGGUGUUUGUCUGUCCUCUGAGUUAAGUGAUAUCUUGAAAACUGCUGUACAGGCACAGUCAUCAUUGGAUAACUCAGAAUCUGAUGCUGAAGAAAAUCAGGAAAGACUGGCUCUAGAUCUCCGAUUGUCAAGUACUCGAGCAGCUUCUAUGCCCGAAUUACUGGAACAACUUUGGAAAGCCAGAGCAGAAAAAAAGAAACUACGUAAAACAUUACGGGACUUUGAAGAAGCAUUUUAUCAACAAAAUGGAAGGAAUGCCCAGAAAGAGGAUCGUGUUCCAGUGCUUGAGGAGUACAGGGAGUACAAGAAAAUUAAAGCCAAGCUCAGGCUUCUUGAAGUUCUUAUCAGCAAACAAGAUUCUUCAAAAUCCAUAUAAAAUAUGGUCCUUGACAACAUCAUAAAAUCAGUUGUAUUCCCUGAAGCUAUCAUCAUGUGUACUUGGCUGAUAACUUAAGUUCAUUCUGUCAGGCACUCAGAGAGUUGCAUUUUAUACUUGCUGGUGGUGCCACUAGAGAAAUGAUGGGAGGGUAAGUAGACCUUAUCUAGGGAGUGCGAUGUUCCAUAUUAACCACAGACUGUCCUCUCUACCUUUAGCAAACACCCACUUUUCUUCGUUUUGUACUGCAGAUACAUCGUGUUAUUAAAAGACUAAUAUUUUAUCUUUUCAACUUUAAGAACUUUGAAGAUAGAAGCUUUUUGUUAUUACCAACUUUAUUAUUUUGUUUCUCAUUACUCAAGAAAAUUGAGAGGAAAAUCUUCACAUUGAAUUCUUCUUCGGUUGCCUUUUUCUUACAGAAUGACUGAAAAUUUGAAAGAAAAGCCUAUAAAUGUGCACAUAUGCAACUAUGUUCCAUGUUUUCUUAAAAAACCAAAAUCAACUGAAAUUUCAAGUCCUACAAUGGAACCUAUUUCUGUUAAAUGCCCAAAGUGACGCUUUUUCAUCCAUAGUAUGUUAGCAAAAGUUUGCAGUUCAGUGGUCACACAGCUCCUGGAUGACGAUAACAAUGGCUAGACCAAAAAGUGACCUUGCUUAUUAGUGUAGUGAAAAUACACACCACACAUCACACACAGAACUGAAUUAUAUCACAUGCUGCCUUUGGGACUUAAGUUACUCUUUGUUUCCUCAGUUGCAGUUUAUCAGUUGGUGAUGAUGUGAUUUGUCUGGAUUAGAUCCUGCGUUUUUUUCCCCCCUACCCACCUCCAGAUAAUGUGAGAAAAUAGCCAUGUCAGCAUGUAGGAACUGAUGGUGCUCAGAUCUGUGUGUUCAAUCAAAUGGGCUUAAAUUGGCAAAAGAAUCAUUAUAUGCCUGAAGUGAAUCUAUUCUUAACAAGGGCUAUACCACUGCAUUUUUUCUUGUACCUUUGGUGGGAUAUAUCAUUUUUUUUUUUUUAAUUAGCAAAAUCCAUGAAGAAAACAUCCUCUAAAGGGAUUUGCUCAGUCACAUGCUAUUUAAAGCACCUGGCUAUGUGAUUAUUGUGGUAUGCCCCUUGUCAUACCUUCUAAGCAUAUCUUCUUUCCUUUGGGUUUGCAUGGCUUUUCUUCAGGUUCUUUCCUGGUAUAAUUCUGCUAAUUAAUUUCACAGAAUAGUGACUUUAUUUGUGCUAACAAUGUAAUAGUCAUUAACAGCAUAUUCUGAUCAGGCUUGAUCUAAGUGUUAAUUUUUUUCCUGGUGCUUUUUUGGAUGGAUGUGUGUCUCACUUUGUGCCCAUGUUUUGCAUGCAGUGACUCAUGCAUGGUUUUCUUAACUAGCUAAUAUUCAUAAUUUGUUUCACACAAAAAUGGACUUUUGCAGCAUCCUUUAAUAAGAUGAGGGAAGCAUGAACCUCAGACUUCUGGCACUAUUACAUAGCACAUGAAGUAGCUUGAUAAUAAGUAGCAUUUCUAGUACUUCACAUUUCACCUUUGUGUGCAAUGCCUUUUUUGGGGGGAGGGAAUGUUCCUUGGUAGUGAACACGUUGGGGAAUAAAGCACUAAAUCCAGCCCUUUUCAUGUGGUUUCGUUUUGAUACAGCUUGGUUAUUCAUAAUGUACACCUAGAAUCGUGAAAUUGAAAACACCAAAAGAUGUUAUCACUUUGAUUUUGAAUUCAUCAUGCAGUGUGCAUUUAGUUUAUGUCUUUUAGUCUCCAGACAGGAGUAUAUCCAAACAUCUUAUUUAAUGUGCACUGUGUAUUGUUUUAUAUGAAUGUUUUAUUUUAUAUACCACAUGCAAAAAUGUCCAUAUGCACUAUUUAAAUGUUUUAAAUAAUAUAUUCCUUCUUUAUAAUGCUAAAUCUAUAUUAGUACCAUAUUUUUAUAAGUCAUUGGCCGACUGGUUUCAUUUUAGAAUUAACAGCUGCUUCAUGAUGUUGGUUAUUCACUGUUAAUGUUUGGCUGUGAGUAGAAUAGAUAAAAAGUAGCCUAGCAGCAUGCAUGCUGUGUGACAGUAUUGUGUGUCCUAGUUCAGCAGUAAGUGGUAGAAUUAGGCAGUUUGUGAUAAUUUUACUUUGGUACAAGUAAAAACUGUAUAUCUAUAUACAAAUAAUAUAUAGAUAUAUAUGACUGUAAGUAUCAUUGCAUUGCUGUGUCUGGCACUUCAUUGUAUAGACUUUUGUAAUAAAAGAACUUUAAUGUUCUAAGUCUCUGUAAA